AUCGCGAGCUUAUUAUUUGGGCGCGAAAAACUUUUAAUCAUUUAGGUAUUUAGAGAAAAAAAUUAAAACUCAUAAAUAAAGAGUGAAAUAAUCCUUUUAAAGGCAAUUAAUAAUACAAAUAUUAAACAUAAAUUCAUUUUAAAGCUUUAGAUAAGUUAUAUAUUGGAGUUUUAAGUUUAAAGAUGAGUGAAUUAUCAAAGAAAAAAAUGAAGCAGCUUCGUCUUCCUUUUGAGAAACUUUCUGCAACCCCGCAAUCUGACAUUAAUUCGUCUCCAAAAUUGGUAGUGCCUUCACGAAAGCGUAAGAUUUCUACGAGUCAAGAUAACAAUGAGAUCAUUAAAUUAAAAAUCGAUGAAGCAAUUGAAUCAAAAGAAAAUUUUGCAACAGAAGUUAAAGAAUGUCUUGAAGAGAGCAUGGACAUUAUAGAAUGUUCUGAUGAUGACGAUAAGGAAUUGUGUGAAACUAAUCCGAUUCAAUCAAAUUCUCCAAAAGAUGCUCCUUUACACAUUAUUCUUCCAUCAUGCAGCAAAUAUAAGAAAAAGAUAAUUUCAGAGAAACAUUCAAAGAAAUCUGCGGAAGAUGAUGAGGAUGACGACUCCGUUGUUUAUCUAGAUGAAGAAUUAAUUUUAUCAAAUUGGAAGAAAAUCAAUCAUCACAAAACUAGAAAGAGCAAUGAAAUGAAGAUUUCUGUCAGUGAUACUGAAAAUCAUAACAACGACGUGAUUUCAGAUGGAAAGUUGGAAUAUGAUCAUCAAGACGUUCCUAAAAUAACCGAGGAGGAUAAAAGCAUGAGUGAAAAUGAAAUGGAAGUUGCAAGCGAAGAACAGAAAGAUUCAGGAGUUAAAUUCAAUUCAGAAAUCAUCAAUGAAAGCAAAAGUUUCGAUCAAGAAGAAAAGAAAAGUUUUCACACGGUUCCAUCGAGUGUUCUUCAAGCUGAAACUCUCGAUCCAGAAACGAUUCAUGAUGAAAUAGUUGAUAUUUUAAGUGAUAAUUCGGAUUCUUUGGAAUAUAAUAAAAGUUCUACUGAAAUUGGAAAUGAUGGAAAACUUGUUAAAACAAAAAGCAACACAAUUAAUUUAACACCAAAACAAAUUGCUCGUAGACAAGAACAAGAAGCAAGACGUUUGGAAAAGGAAGCUCAACGCCAAAAAGAGCGUGAGUUGAAGGAGCAACAACGUUUAAAAGAAAAGGAGCAACGAGAAGAAGCAAAGCGAAGGGAAAAGGAAGAAAAAGAAGAAGCUAGAAAAAAGGAGAAGGAAGAACGUGAUCGGAAGCGUCAGGCUGAACAAGAUAAGAAAGAUGAAGAAAAACGUUUGAAGGAAGAGGAAAGAAAGCGAAUUGCCGAUCAACGUGAAGAGGAAAAACGCCAAAAAGAAGAAGAACGAAAACGACAAAAUGAAAUGCGUGAAGAAGAAAAACAAAAGCGUGAAGAAGUCCAAAAGAAAAAGGAAAUUGAAGAGCAAAACCGAAAGAAACGAGCGGCAGAAGCUUUCUCAAAGUUCUUCGUUCUUAAGAAAAAAUCUGACUCAGUCAACGCUGAUGAUGAAAACGCAUUAAAAGAUGAGAAAAAUGUCGAGAAUGGAGAAACUUUAACAGUUUCCAAAGGAAAUUUCAUGCCUUUUCAAGUUCGUGAGAGGAUGAAGGUCGCUCCUUGUGUUCGACGGCAAAUGGAUAAGAAACAGUUGAGUGAAUUAGACAAACUGUUAAAUUCUCAUCAAUCAGUUAAUGAGCUGUAUCUGAAAACACUUAAAAGUGGCGAUCAUAAACCUUUGCGAUCAUCAAAGACAUGGCCAUUGAUUGACAAAGAAGAAGACGACGUUUUGUUAAUUGAUGAGCUUGAAGGUGCAGGCGAAGAUAUUUCAAUCAAUGAAGUUAAAAUGACAAUGAAAUAUCGAUCAAAAUAUUUAAGAUUUGCUGAGAAUCGUCGACCUGCUUAUUAUGGAACUUGGCGGAAGAAGUCAUCAAAUGUAUCAGCACGUCGACCAUUUGGAAAAGAUACAUUCUUUGACUAUGAAAUCGAUUCUGAUGAAGAAUGGGAAGAAGAAGAACCGGGAGAAUCAAUUCAUGGAAGUGAAAGUGAGAAGGAUAAAGAAGAGAAAGAGGAAGAAGACGAUUAUGAAGUUGAUAAUGAUUUCUUCGUUCCUCAUGGUCAUCUGAGUGAUGAGGAAGUUGAUGAUGGUGAAAUUGAUAACCAUCCUGAAACACAAAAAGCAAAGUUGAAAAUCUUACAACAAGAAUUUGCUGCUGAAAUGAAGAAGAAAACUGAGAAGAUUAAGCCACGUCUUAUCGGUUGUAUUUGGAUGAAUGGCGAUGAAGAUGAACACGGAUGUUCCAGGAAAGGACAAGAUUCGGAAAAGAAGUAUCAUUGCAGUGACAUAAUUUGGCGAAUUUUGAAAGCACGUGAAAUGAUGACAAGCGAAGAAGGAGUCAAAUUGGAAGCUGAUCUUGAACCGGAAAUUAUCGAACAAGAUGAAGAAGAAGUUCAAAAACCUCUAGCACCACAAAAAUCACAAAUGAGUGUGAAAUUCACAGAGUCAAGUGUAAAAGAAUUGAUUAAAUUAAUUCACGGUAAUAAUAACAACAAAAUUUUUCUAAUACGCGAAUUCCAAGCUUAUCGCUUAAAGAAUUAUCAUAAGAACGCCGACUUUCAAGAGUACUCAAUGAAAACUGUGGAAGAGAAAAUGAUGAACAUUGCGGAUUAUAAAACUUGUCCAAUUGAGGGUGCGAUGUUUGGGAAGAAAUGCUGGUUAGUGAAAAAUGAAGUUUUAAAGGAAUAUUUUGGUGAUGAAUCUCCAGCAUUGCCAAACGAUUGGAGUUAUAUCUUAGAGAAAAAAUCAACAAAAAGGAAGCAGAAGACACAACAGCAAGCUGAAGUAGUUAAAGAAUCUUCGCCACCUAAACUAGAAACUCAAAAAGGAAAAGAAACUUCUGAAACUUCACAACCAAUUAUCAAGAAACGUGUGCAACUCCUGAUGAGUGUUCCCAGAGGACAAGCCUUUCCAUCGUCAGUCAAAAAUGCUUUAAUGACACAAUUCAUAAACACUAAAGAUGAAUCAACUGAUAAAAAUGUCGAGAAGUUAGAAGAAAAAAAUGAAUAAUUGUCUUUCGUUAAAUGAUAAUUUGAUUAUUGUUUUGCUUGCAGGUUUUAAACAGGAAUAAAAUGAAAUCACUCGAAAAUUCUGUUCACUAAAUUUUUAAAAGCCCAAAUAAAUACUAAUGAAAUGAUAAUAAAGGAAGAAUAAUAAUCAACUUUGUUAAACAGU